CUUAUGGUCCCCAUAGACCUGCAGAUCUAUAUAAGAUUUUUUGUAAUCGUACGACCGACGAUAUUGGUUAAACGAUCGUUUAUAGAUAAGAUCUGUCCAUCAGCGAAAACGAUCAUUUUCAGCGAUAUCGUCCCGCGACAGCCCAAAACCGGAAGAGGAUAUGACGUGCGAUAUCGUCCCGCAACAGCCCAAACCGGAAGAGGAUAUGACGUGUAUGCUUUCGUUAAACUGCUUUUCCACGAACGUUCCUUUGUGUUACAUUCAUUCGACGCGCUGAGUCCAUUCGGAUCUCUUUCACCGAUCGUUCGUGACGAUGAGCAUAUUUAUGGAUGAUAGCAGGAGGGCUGCACUAGCUAUACUGCUACUAACCUCCAUAAAGCAGAAGAAGAAGAGGAAAAGAUCAAUUUGGAGCAAACAGUGGUUAUUACACCGCCAUAAAUUUUCUCAUAUGGGACUUCUGAAAGAACUGAAAGAAAAUAAUCCAGAUGAUUUCAGAAAUUACCUACGGAUGUCUGACUCAAAUUUUGAACACCUAUUUGAAGCAAUUCGACCAGCCAUUACCAAACAAAAUACGUGUAUGAGGCAGGCCAUCUCGCCAGAACAGAGACUCAUAGCAACACUACGUUAUCUGGCAACUGGGAGAACAUUGGAGGAUCUUAAGUUUUCAACCGGCAUUUCUGCACAAAGUCUAGGCCGAAUCAUUCCGGAAACAUGUAAUGCAAUUAUUGAGGCAAUGAAAGCGGAAUAUCUAAAGUUUCCAGAAAGUGCUGAAGAAUGGAAAGCCAUAGCAAAGCAGUUUGAAGACUAUUGGAAUUUCCCAAACUGUGGAGGGGCCAUUGAUGGAAAACAUGUUCGAAUACAACCUCCUGCCAACUCAGGAUCCUACUAUUAUAAUUAUAAAGGAUACUUUAGUAUUGUGUUAAUGGCAAUAGUAAAUGCCAAAUAUGAAUUUAUAAUGGUGGAUGUUGGGAAAAAUGGAAGAGUAUCAGAUGGAGGAGCCAUAGAACAGACUGUCUUCUAUCAGAAGCUAAAGAACAAAGAAGUACAACUACCUACAAAUAAUGAAACUACAGAAGGUCUAAACUUUGUAUUUGUUGCAGAUGAGGCCUUUGCACUGCAGGAACAUAUUCUAAAGCCAUUCCCGGUCAAAACACUGACAAAGCAAAGGAGAAUAUUUAAUUACAGACUAUCACGGGCAAGACGUGUUGUAGAAAAUGCAUUUGGAAUUCUUGCUAAUCGAUUUAGAGUCUUCCAUACAGCCAUUACUCUCUCACCCGCCAAGGUAGAUCUUGUGGUUUUAACAUGCUGUGUUCUACAUAAUUUCCUACGGCGUACCAAUGGAAAUGUUUAUAUGCCAAAUAACAUGGUGGACAGAGAAGACAUUGAGUAUUGCUCUCUUGUUUAUGGGGACUGGCGAUCAGACCCAAAUGCAAUGCUGCAACUACAAGCUGGUGGUACACGUAAUGCUAAUGUGGAUGCUAAAACAAACAGGGAAAACUAUGUAGAUUAUUUUAAUGGACAAGGUGCAGUGGAUUGGCAAGAUGCAAUGAUCUGAAUUGAUACUACAAAAGAACUAUGGCACAACAACCAUAAUAUAUAAAAAAUAUAUAAAACAUAAUAAAUGAGCAUUUAUUAAUGAA